GGAAGGGCGGAAGCGGGGCUUCAGUAAUAAAUAAAACAUCUCAGCAUGCCCUGAAUGUUUGUACCCCGCGUCUUUCGCUCCGUAUCGAAAAACCCGACAAAAAUUUGACUCGCAAAACGAGUCGAAGAAGAUUUUCAAAUCUAUCUUCUUGGUGGUGUUUCCUGCGCGGCGGCGAAUGAGUUCAAUCCAGCCGACGGUAUCGUCAACUUCGCUUGUGUCCACCGCCGCCAGUGCAUCGAAUUCGAGUCCAUCGUCAUCAUCAUCACCGACACCGGAUUCAAUUUUCAUCUCGCUUGCCGUCGAAGCCCUGUUCUGUGUGGGAAGUGGUGCUCUUGGGGCGAUGAGUAUCCUGCAGCGCGGCGGAAUCGCCGAUGUUCUCAAGUACGUGGGCCUGACGACGGUAGCGGCCGGGUCCUUGCUGCUACUGUUGGAGCACCGAGAACGCCGGAAGCGAACCUUUAGCGAGCGAUCCGUGGUGAUUGUGACCGGGUGCGAUUCCGGAUUGGGAUUCAACAUAGCGCAAAUGUGCCACCGGAUGGGAUUCAUCGUCUUUGCCGGAUGCUUGAAAAGCGAUUCCGAUGGAGCCAAGAUGCUGGAGGAACUAGAUGGUAAAUCCGGAAGGCUGAUUCUACUGGAGGAGCUGGACAUAACGCUCGAGGAACGAAUCGUGUGCGCCAAGAAGAAGGUGAAGGACUUUUUGAAGUCCAAGCCGGAGUGCGAACUGUUUGCCCUGAUCAACAAUGCCGGGGUGAUGUGCUUCGGCGAGUUCGAGUGGCAACUCGAGCGUCACCUGGAACAGCAAAUCAAUGUGAAUCUCCUGGGAACGAUGCGGAUGACGAAGGCUUUCCUGCCGCUGUUGAGGCUACAACGUGGUCGGGUCAUCAACGUGACCAGUCAUUGUUCCCUGCAAGCUCUGCCAGGACUCUCGGUCUAUUCAGCAACCAAAGCAGCCCUCCGCUACUGGACCGAAGGCCUUCGGAUGGAAAUGUCCAGCUAUGGAGUUCCGGUGGUCAAUUUCAUUCCCGGAUCCCUGGUCACACAGAGCAACAUCUGCGCGAAUCAACAGCAAUAUGCCGAACAGAUGCGAGCGGCCUUCAGCGAGGAGCAGGCCCAAUUCUACGGGAGCUACUUCGACGAGUAUAAUGCCUACCUUCGGGUCAUUUCCGGAAUGAAACCGGUGCAAAGCUUGGCCGGGAACCACCCGGUGCUGCGAUGCUUCGAGGAUGCCCUGCUGGACGCCAAACCGAAGCCCCUGUACAAGUGCGAACCGUGGCGCUAUCGGAUGUACCAUUUUCUGUUCAGGAUCGCUCCGACGGCCGUCAGCGAUUGGCUUGUGAGGAGGUUCGUUGCCAUGCCGGAGUACCGGACACCGGAGUCCCGACAGGGUCACGGCAUAGUUGCCAGCUUAUGAUCGAAAUUCAAAGUUUCUGGAAGACGUUCUAAGGAGUAUGCAAUAUAUUUUGUUACCACACUGAACAACAUAGCGGUUUAUCAUUGGAGAAAGAAUAUCCUCAUUCUUUUUACGUUUAAAUAGUAAAAAUCUACCCAAGUACAAUGCAGAAACGGAGAUUUUACCUUCUCACCAUACACAGAUUGCUAUAAAUCUAGAACUUCACGGAAUUCCUUAUUCAGACAGACAAAAAUACGAACGUUCUUUCAUUUCCAUGCUCUCCGAGAAACGCAAAUUAGUUGGCUUUUUUUUAGCAGAGUCUCCUCCUUGAUUUUAUUUGCUUGCCUUCAUUUUUGUGUGUGGGUAAUUUAUUUCACAGAAAUAAAUACGUUGUACCUUCCCAACGAAUGGUCAUCGACACACCGGGAGCGAUGUGAUUGAAU